AUGCCGCAUCGCGUAGCAAACUUCUUCCGCAACUCCACCACAACCCUUGAGCACCAGGUCACAGCAAUCAAGAAGAACACAAUCAGGAGCAGGACAAAGUCCCCAAACAGGACAAAUAGCGGGCUCUCGGACCGCGAGCCCAGGAGCCAGGAGAGGGUCGUCUCCACGUACGCAUCCUCAAUAGAAGACGACAUGGACAGCUCACGAGAGCACACACCCGCACCCGUCUCCAGGCGGCCCACAGAAACGCCACGGCUGUGGUCAAAGGAGACACACCACGACCACAACAAGGACAAGGAGCACCACAGGAUAUCGUUCCCCGGCCUGCACGCCCUGCACCUCGGUCGCUCGAGCAGGGACGUCCACUCAAAUCCCCACGCGAGCCUCACCUGGAAGAUCGAGUCGCCCCCGAUAAUAUUCCACGGCGACGCCGAGACCAGCUCCGGUGCCCUCGUUUCGGGCCAGCUGUUCCUGGAGAUCAAGGACGAGUCCUACGACAUCGAGAGCUUCAAGGCCACCCUGCACAUCCACGUCACCCAGAAGAAGCCAUUCACUGUGCAUUGCGGCGACUGCGCCAACCAGCACACCCUGAUCAAGGAAUGGGUCCUCUUGCCGCAUGCCAUGCCCCUCAAGCAAGGCACUCACCAAUUUCCCUUCUCCGUGCUGCUGGACGGCCACCUCCCAGCCACCAUGGAUAACCCCAUCGCCAGCAUCGCCUACGAGUUCAAGGCCGAGGCCAUCCCCGCAGGGCCAAACCAGCACCCCAUCAAGCUGGAGAAGCUCUUCGACGUCAAGCGCUCGCUCCCGCCGCCAGAGCUCCCUCACCACUCGGUCCGCGUCUUCCCCCCAACCAACGUCAAGGCCAGUGUGCACUACCAGCAGGUCAUCCACCCCAUCGGCACAAACACCCUCUCCAUGCGCCUCGACGGCAUCGCAAAGGUCAACUCCGCCACCAACACCAUCGAGUACUGGAAGCUCAAGAAACUCACAUGGCGCCUCGAGGAGACCAUGAAGACCGUCGCCCCGGCGUGCGAGAAGCACAUGCCCAAGAUCGAGGGCGCCACCGAGGAGCAGCAGGAGCAGAUGCGCAAGAGGGGCGUGGCCCGCACCGAAACCCGCACCAUCGGCGAGAAGACCCUCUUUUCCGGGUGGAAGUCAAACUACGCCGGCCCGACCGACUCGAGCGUCGAGCUGGAGCUCGACUACGCCCUCAGCAAGCACGCCAAGUACAGCUGCGACCUCAAGGCCCGCGACGGCACCGAGGUCGGCCACCAGCUGAUGCUCGAGAUGGUCGUCUCGCAGGAGUGCGCCCCCGUCGGCAAGCCCAGCCUCGUCACCCAGACCGGCGUCGGCCGCAUCCUGCGCAUGCACUUCGGCACCGUCCUCACCGAGCGCGGCGGCAUCGGUAUCUCUUGGGACAACGAGGCGCCCCCAAUCUACCAGGACGUCCCGCCUAGCCCGCCCGCCUACUCGGAUGAGCCCAACUUCCCCACUCCACCAGUGGACUUCGAGGAGGUCUAUGAGACACUUGACGGACACCGGCCACUACCGGGUGCAUUGGGUGGGCCGAGCGGGAGUGGACAUGCUAGUGCGAGGAGUAGUAGGAGGAACAGCGCCGAGGGUCAUCGGUGA